CCAGCACACGCAGGGGCUUCUCAGUGGCCGCGGAGGAGGAAGUUCCGCUCGCUGACAGAUCCGAGCGGUAGCAACAGCGGCCGCGGCUGGGAGGGCGCAGGUAUUUUGGACGCGAAUGCCCUUCGCGCCGACUGUCGAGGGGGCGACGUCGGAGCUGUCGCCUGCCCUCAGAGCCGGGGGGAAGGGUCGGGAGGCGCGGGCGUAGGAGCCCUCUUUCCUGCUUUUCACCCAGCGUCGCUCUUUUGGCUUCGCGCUGAGGCGGGAGACCCCUCCUCUCUGUUGGCCGACUUCCGAAGAGCCCCUUGUUUUUCCACCACUGAGAUUAACAAAUUCUCCAGUCGAAGCAUCAGAGGAGCCCAAGUGAACCUUCUACAACUCCUCGGAUCACGUCAGUCUCCCUUUUGGGGCGGGAGACCACGUUGGAGCAUCUCCAGGAGGUGCAGGAAUGGAAGAGCCCACCUUGCAUCCUUUCUGCGGUGUUGCUAGCCUGAUCUACCCUUGGGAAUGAAGAGGAGACUUGUAAUCACCCGGUGAGGUACCGAAAGCCAGAUGGCAAAGAAAAAUAUCACAGGACUUAACCUAGUGAUCGUUUUGGGGCCACACGCGUUUCUGCAUGUAAUUGAUUGAGCGUGAAAGAGGUGCCCUAUUGAAAAGCACAACAGUCCUUUAAGAGGAGAAAAAUUGGAUUUUCCCAUUUUUGCCAAGAUUCCGAAGACUCUUCAAUGUAUCGUACGUUUGAUAUAAGAUGAGAACUUUAUAAAAUAUUUUGCCCAAGAGCUUAAACGAUGACUACCCCAGCGCUGCUACCCCUCUCUGGACGAAGGAUACCUCCUCUGAACCUGGGGCCGCCUUCCUUCCCGCAUCACAGGGCUACCUUGAGACUUUCUGAGAAGUUUAUCCUCCUCCUUAUUCUAAGUGCCUUCAUCACCCUGUGUUUUGGGGCAUUCUUCUUUCUUCCAGACUCUUCAAAACACAAACGCUUUGAUCUGGGUUUGGAAGAUGUGUUAAUUCCUCAUGUAGAUGCUGGCAAAGGGGCGAAACACUCUGGAAUCUUCCUGAUCCAUGGACCAGAUGAGCAUAGACACAGGGAAGAAGAAGAACGUUUGAGAAAUAAAAUUCGAGCUGAUCAUGAGAAGGCACUAGAAGAAGCAAAAGAAAAAUUAAAAAAGUCAAGAGAGGAAAUCCGAGCAGAAAUACAGACAGAGAAAAAUAAGGUAGUCCAAGAAAUGAAGAUAAGAGAGAAAAAGCCACUGCCAGCAGUUCCUAUACCAAACCUUAUAGGAACACAUGGUGGAGACCCAGAAGAUAAUGACCUAAGAGAGAAAAGGGACAAAAUUAAAGAGAUGAUGAAACAUGCCUGGGAUAAUUACAGGAUAUAUGGAUGGGGGCAUAAUGAACUCAGACCUAUUGCAAGGAAAGGACACUCCACUAAUAUAUUUGGAACUUCACAAAUGGGUGCUACUAUAGUAGAUGCUUUGGAUACCCUUUAUAUCAUGGGACUUCAUGAUGAAUUCCGAGAUGGGCAAAAAUGGAUUGAAAACAACCUUGAUUUCAGUGUGAAUUCAGAAGUGUCUGUGUUUGAAGUCAACAUUCGAUUUAUUGGAGGAUUGCUUGCAGCGUAUUACCUUUCAGGAGAGGAGGUGAGCAAAAUCAAGCAAGUUUUUCCUGAUGCCCUUGCUCUGCCGUCUACUUCCGGUGUCCGCUGCAUGCCUCUGCCUCAGAGAGGGCGCAUCUACAGCCUGUCCCUCUCCCCCGUGAACCGCUGUUACUGCUGCUCCAUUCCUCCUAGUCUUUACCAGAGUUAUUUAAAAGUUAUAUACUCAUUAAAAAAUGUUUUGGUCUUUUCCCAAUUCUGUCUCCUUUUACCUUUUGUUUCAUUCAGUGGAGUAGGGCGAAACUGGGGCUGGGCAUCUGCAGGUAGCAGCAUUCUUGCUGAAUUUGGCACACUACAUAUGGAGUUUGUCCACCUCAGCUACUUGACAGGAAACCCAAUUUACUACAAAAAGGUCAUGCACAUUCGGAAACUACUUCAGAGAAUGGAUCGUCCAAAUGGUCUUUAUCCAAAUUAUUUGAACCCAAGAACAGGUCGCUGGGGUCAAUAUCACACGUCAGUUGGCGGGCUAGGAGACAGUUUUUAUGAGUACUUACUGAAAGCAUGGUUGAUGUCAGAUAAAACAGACCAUGAAGCCAGAAAAAUGUAUGAUGAUGCUAUUGAGGCUAUAGAAAAACAUCUUAUUAGGAAGUCUCGUGGAGGUCUUACCUUUAUUGGAGAAUGGAAGAAUGGACACUUGGAAAAGAAGAUGGGGCAUUUGGCCUGUUUUGCUGGGGGAAUGUUUGUACUAGGAGCAGAUGGUUCCAAAAUGGAUAAAGCUGGACAUUAUUUAGAGCUGGGGGCAGAAAUUGCACGUACAUGUCAUGAGUCCUAUGACAGAACUGCAUUAAAGCUCGGUCCUGAAUCAUUCAAGUUUGAUGGUGCAGUAGAAGCUGUGGCAGUCCGACAGGCUGAAAAGUAUUACAUCCUCCGUCCAGAAGUCAUUGAAACCUAUUGGUACCUGUGGCGAUUCACUCAUGAUCCAAGAUACAGGGAGUGGGGCUGGGAAGCUGCACUGGCUAUUGAAAAGUACUGCCGAGUCAGUGGCGGAUUUUCUGGGGUGAAGGAUGUGUACUCCUCUACUCCUACGCAUGAUGAUGUACAGCAGAGCUUCUUUCUUGCUGAAACAUUAAAGUAUUUGUAUCUGCUGUUCUCCGGUGAUGACCUUUUACCUUUAGACCACUGGGUAUUUAAUACAGAGGCUCACCCUCUGCCCGUGUUACAUUUAGCCAACACCACACUUUCAAGAAAUCCUGCUGUUCGAUGAAUGUAGCUCCAGAAAGACCAUUCUCACCUGUGUUUUGUUUACAUGGACCACUACAGAAAUUAGUCUGGAGAGGGGCCUUUUGAAAACCUGGACCUCUUAAGUCAACAUCGCAGGGUGAAACAUGACUAUUCCCUGCAAGACUUUUCAACUUGUAGAUAUUUCAACUUUGAAAUGAUUCCAUUUUAUACCUGACCAAAACAUAUUCUGGUGUAUGUAGGACAGAGACCUGAUGUGUUUUGAUUCUUAACGAGAUGGUCACUUGAGAAAUUAUGCCUGUUGCUAUUGUUUCUAGAGUCCUGGAAUCUGGAGGCUAUACUUCCUAAGAAUAAGCCAAGAAUGUGGAGCACCUUGCAGGAGUUGGAGAUGGCCUUUGGAACCAAUUACACAUUUGUUUCCUCCCAAAGUGGAGCAGCUCUCACAUCACAAUAUUUACACAUUGUUUGUCCUCUUUCCCCCUCCAUUUUUAAUAAUGGAAUGAAUUAAAAUAAACAAGAGCAAAAGAACAAUGUAACUGCAUCGGCCGCAGGAAGACUCGAAAAAGAAACAGAAUGCCUAUCCCUCUCUGAAUUUUCAAGUUCCCAUUAGAUGCAGACUGGCAGCCAUUUCAAGUCGCAGUCUAGUCCAUUGAAAUUUCUUGGUUAAAUUUGAUUUCUCUGGGGACAUGAUUCACAAAGAAUACUCUUCAAGUCUUUGUCUCCAUAUGGAAUCAUUGAAACUACUGUGUAUCAUCACCACUACUUACGAGCCUGGGUUUGGAAUUCCGUGCAUGUUGUUCAGUCUCGUGUUGGUAGCAUGACAAAAAGUGGGGAAAAUGCUGCAGUUUGUUGCCUUGAAACCUGUUCUAAGAGAAAGCCUUGGUUUUGUUGGUAGGAGAUUAUUUUUUCAAACCAGCAAAUCUACCAAGUAAAUUUCGUUCAGUUUCACCUUAGUAGACUCCCUCAAUUUUCAGCUCUUUGUGUGGCUUGGCAAAAUUCACUGCACUGUGUGCAGCUCUGAAUUUACCUUGAUGAGCCAGAUUACUUUCACAAUUUAUUAAAUAAAAAACAAUAUGUAGUGAAACUUCCUUAACUGUUUUUGGGAUAGGGGAUCCUUUGUUAUCCCAUCAGAUGAGUGAGCUUUUCAUAAACAUUUUAUGUAAAAAAUAAAUUCAACUUUUUUUCUCCAAGGA